GCUUCGCUAGCCACUCGUAAAUAUAUAUAGCUCAUUGCCUUAAAACCCUAGUUUUUAGCUCCCACUAUCGUCUGCUCUGGCACUAGGGUUUACGGCAGGCGCACAGUACGGUUUUCGUCAGCAGGAAAAAUGGCUGUUCCUUUGUUGACGAAGAAGAUUGUGAAGAAGCGUGUCAAGAAGUUCAAGAGGCCCCAGAGUGACAGAAAGAUUUCUGUCAACGAAAACUGGAGAAGGCCUAAGGGUAUUGAUUCACGCGUUAGGAGAAAGUUCAAGGGAUGCACCCUGAUGCCCAAUGUUGGUUAUGGCUCUGACAAGAAAACUCGCCACUACCUCCCCAAUGGAUUUAAGAAGUUUGUUGUGCACAAUGUCAAAGAGUUGGAAAUUUUGAUGAUGCACAACAGGACUUACUGUGCUGAGAUUGCCCACAACGUAUCAACCAGAAAGAGAAAGGAGAUUGUUGAGCGUGCUGCACAAUUGGAUGUUGUUGUUACCAACAAAUUGGCCAGGUUGCGCAGCCAGGAAGAUGAGUAAACGCUGGUCUCUAAAUUAUGUUAUAAUUUUGAAAUGGACUUGAAUAUUUUAAGCAUUAGGCAUUUCUGGCCUUUGGAUUAAAUUUUUUUUGAGGUUAUUAUGUUUUAUUUGGAUAGUUCUUUUAAGUUUGAAUUAGAAUUCAUAUCAUAUUCAAGUUAUCUGAUUUAGAUCUUGUGUAUGAAUUUAUAUCAUACACAGGCUCAACCAGGGAUGAACUUGUGUAUGCCAUUAACUGAAGAACUCAGUAUGGUUGAUCAUUCA